GGUCCGACCACCAAACACCCCGCUCUGUUCUGCGACACCGCUCGAACAGACCGCUUCCACUGGAUCUCCGAGGACCCGCCUCCCGAGCUGGUCCGGACCCAGAAGAUGGACUGUCUCUUCCACUUCCUCCACAACAUGCCGUUGAUUCCCUGCUCGGUGACUCUGAACGCGGACGGCUCCGUGUGGAUCACGCUGUCGCGCACGGUCCGAGCUCUCACACCUGGACAGUUCGCCGUGCUCUACAAAGGAGACGAGUGUCUGGGCAGCGGGAAGAUCCUCGAGCUGGGCCCCAGUGAGUUCGCGCUGCAGAGGAGCCGCGAGCGCUCGGCGGCGAGCGGCGGGCAGAAAGCGCAACCGGCACCUGAACCUGCCAGCUGAGACGGACUCAGAUUCCAGCUGUGAGGACAAAGCUGUCCCUCUGAGACGGACUCAGACCGAGAUGCUGAGAAUCUGUAGUGUUCAAAAAUACCUUUUUGAGUCAAGCAGCUUGAAAAGCAUAAUUUUUAAAAAGGUAAUAAACUGGUCAUGUGACACACAGAUACUUAAAAAAAAACUGCUAAUUAACGUGUACAUAGAUUAGAAUUUCUAAUUUUCAGAGUUGAUUUUUAAUAUUUUCACCUGAGUCAAAGAAAAAAAUGUUUUUCUCUUUUAUAUUGUCUAUCUUAAAUUGUGUAAAACAUGGUUAUAAAAUUCUGCCAAAUCUUGUAUGAAA